AAAAUAGGAAGAUAAUAAGAUGGCAGUCUGACUUUGCCCUGCUUCGAAGUCAAUGCAGCCUUAGAGACAAACUCUGAGCUCAUAGCAACAGCCAACAGGAGGAAGCAGCGAGGAAAGAGCCCGUGCGCGGCCCGAUCGAGCGUCAUUUGCCUCCUCACCAAUCCAAUGUUUCAUAUUCGCAUCGCAAUAGCUUCUCCACCAAGUACCUUUGCAGCAAGGCAUGGGCAUGGGCAUGGCUGACCAGAUUGCCAUCAGUCUCACUCUCACCUUAUAAUUAACAAUUGGGCACAAGAGUCCAGCCCACCUCUAUUUAACCUGACCCCAAAGACCGUACCAUUCCCAUCUCAAGUCAAAUCCACUUGAUCGCACUAGCUUACAAUCACAGUCUCUUUCUUAUACCACUCUAUCUAUCUUCUCGUGAAAACAAUGGUUCUUGAAGCGUCGUUUGCCGCUGCAGCCUCAGUGCCAUGGACCUUCCUUCUCGGUGGUCUCACGGGCCUGCUGCUCCUGUGGCAGGCCGGCCGGCUGCUGCACCAGUUCUGGUGGCAGCCUCGGCUUCUGGAGCUUGCGCUGCGUGCACAGGGCAUCCGCGGCACGUCGUACCGCUUCCCCGCCGGCGACCUCAAGGAAUACGGCCGACUUGCCAAGGAGGCCUGGUCUAAGCCCCUGCCGCUGCGUUGCCACGACAUCGCACAACGGGUGACGCCGUUCGUGCAUCAGCUUGUCCGGGAGCACGGGAAGACGAGCAUGUCUUGGUUUGGCCCCAGCCCCAAGGUGACCAUCGUCGAUCCUGAGCUGGCCAGGGACGUGCUGUCCAACAAGUUCGGCCACUUUGAGAAGCUCAAGUUCCCGGCGCUGUCCAAGAUGCUGGGCGCCGGCGUGGCGAACCACGAGGGUGAGAAAUGGGUCAAGCACAGGAGGAUCCUCAACUCUGCUUUCCAUCUUGAGAAGCUCAAGCGCAUGCUGCCAGCGUUUUCUUCGUGCUGCGAAGAGCUGGUGAGCAGAUGGGCGGAGUCCCUCGGCUCUGACAGUGCGUGCGAGCUGGAUGUUUGGCCGGAGCUGCAGAAUCUCACUGGAGACGUCAUUUCUCGCACUGCCUUCAGCAGCAGCUACCACGAAGGAAGAAGGAUUUUCCAGCUACAAGCCGAGCAAGCUUCGCUUGUCAUGACGAACAUUCGGAAGAUUAUGAUGAUUCCCGGUUACUUGUCCUUGCCAACCGCAAACAACAGAAAGAUGAGCAGAAACAACAAAGAGGUGGAAUCAAUUCUGCGAGAUAUAAUUGGGAAAAGAAUUCAAUCCAUGAAACAAGGCGAGAGCACCAAAGAUGACUUGCUGGGUCUAUUGCUGGAGACAAACAUGAGAGACACAGACGGGAAUAAUAAUAGCCAACCCACCGGCACGGCGAUGACGAUCGAAGAUGUCAUCGAGGAGUGCAAGGUGUUCUAUUUCGCGGGAAUGGAGACCACAGCGGUGCUGCUCACAUGGACAAUGAUUGUACUCAGCAUGCACCCAGAGUGGCAGGACCGUGCGCGGGAGGAGGUGACAGGUUUGUUUGGCAAAAACAAGCCUGAAUACGAAGGCCUCAGCCGCCUCAAAACCGUGACCAUGGUCCUUUACGAGGUUCUCCGGCUGUACCCGCCGGCCAUUUCUUUCGUCCGGAGAACAUACAAGGAGCAGGAGAUGGGCGGCAUCAGGUACCCCGCUGGCGUGAUCUUGGAGCUGCCCGUGCUCCUCAUCCACCACGACCCAGAUAUCUGGGGAAGCGACGCGCGCGAGUUCAGGCCCGACAGAUUCGCCGAGGGGAUCUCCAAGGCAUGCAAGGACUCGGGCGCGUUCCUCCCGUUCGGCUGGGGGCCGCGCAUCUGCAUCGGCCAGAACUUCGCGCUGCUCGAGGCCAAGAUGGCGCUGUGCAUGAUCCUUCAGCGGUUUGAGUUUGAGCUCGCGCCGUCGUAUACUCAUGCGCCGCAUACCGUGAUAACGAUGCAUCCUAUGCAUGGUGCGCCGCUUAAGCUCAGAGCAAUAUGA